AUGCUGGAAUCAGUCACUUUGAGCCAGGCCAAGAAUGGAGAUUUAAAAUUCAAAUCAGCCAAAAUUGCAAACCAUUUCUAUUCCUUGAAUUUCUUGGAAUCAAUCAAGUCCUUUGAAUUCAAAUUGGCAUACCACAUUGCGGACAAGAAUAUCCCACACAUUGAUUUGAAAUCUAAAGAGUUAAUCAAGCCCAAUCAGCCCAAUGGGAUCAAACUAGAACUAUUCAUCUUUGAUUUCUUCCCAUUUGUCAAUUCCUUAUCACUAUUGGAAGUUGAUCGGAUCAAGUAA